AUGUUUGGAUUUUUAAAUAAAAUAGUUAAUUCAAGAGUUUUUAAACUUUAUGAGGUUUCAUUAGCAGAAAGACCAAUCGUAACCAAAUCAUUAACAGGUACAGUAGUAUUUGGUAUUGGUGAUAUAUGUGCACAAAAAAUUGAAAAAAAAGAAUACGAUGUAAAAAGAACAUUGAUGAUGUGUACCAUUGGUACUUUUAUUAUUGUACCACAUAUUCAUGUAUGGUUUGGAUUUUUAGAUAGAAAUAUUAAAACAACUGGAUGGAGAGCCGCUAUUACCAAAGUUGCAUUAGAUCAAACUUUAUUUGCACCAUACCUUUUUACCGUUAAUAUAUCUUGUGUACAAAUAUUUAAGAAUGGAGGUUUCAGUUUUGAAUUAUGGAAAGAAAAGAUGAGCAAUGAGUUUAUAGGUAUUUACCAAAAAUCAUUAAUGAUUUGGCCUGCAACCAAUUUAUUAUUAUUUAGAUAUAUUCCACCACAAUUUAGACUUUUAAUUAGUAAUCUUGUUGGUGCUGGUUGGAAUUGUAUAUUAUCCACAGUUGCAAAUAAUGAUAACUAUAAACAACCACAACCACAACAAUCCAUUUCAGCCGAUCAGCAAUCAAAAGUAGAAAAUAUUAACCCACAAAUUCAAUUAUAA